CAACCUCCCUCUCCGUGGCUUUGGCAGUCGAAAUAAAUGUCGUCCAAAACAAAAAACAAAACAAAAAAAGAAACAGAGGAGACUGUCAUCAGCGUGGAACUCCUGGAGACGCCUUGUUCUUGAAUUGAUCAUUUGAUUGGUGUGCUUUGCCUUGCUGAAGACAGAUCCCAACAGGUGACAGCGAUGCGAUGAUCACUACAAGCUCCCCUUUAGAAUAGCUAGCUGUCCUCCUUGUCUUUUUUGUCUGGCGUCAUUGGUGUUAGCGAGCGAAACGAGAAAUCCAUCAUGCGAAGACCCGUGGCCCAAUCAUCCCCCCAAGAGAAGCAAUCAUCACGUUCUCCACAAGUCAUCAAAAAUCAACAGUCAUUGUCGCCUUCGUCGUCUCCUAGAAGUCCUCAUCUUCGCUCCUCGUUGAGUUACGGAAAUACUACUAGCAGCACUACUAGUUCUACUCCACGAAUUUCGCUACGAUGGCUCUGUUUGUCGCUCAUGGCAAUGGUCGCUCUCAUUUUUGUCAUGGGGACCAUGGGACUCUUUUUUGUGGGGAAUCCGUGGCCAUCCAGCGACAACAAAGCUCAAGACAAGCUGCUGGAGCCACCCACCGUCUUGAACCAAGACCAAGAAGAAAUCCAACGAGAAAUCCAAAACUUUUUAUUUGACAACAAUCAUCAAGAUCCUUCUUCUGUUUCUCCCACCAUUCAACACUUACUUGAGACCUGGGAAUCGCCUCUUGUCCAUAUUGUCAAUACCCGCUUUAUGCAAGAACAGGGACACCUCAAAGCCCUCGGGAGAGCACGAUUCUACCUAUUUACCACCUUUUGCUUGCCCACCAUGCGACUACAAUCCACACAAGAUUUCUUGUGGAUCAUCAAAACGGAUCUACAAUUGGACGUCACACUCCUCCACAAAAUGGUGCACCUUCUACAACCCUACUCGAACAUUUACUUGGUGGCAUCCAAUCAAAACUACAUGAUACGCAAUACCAACAACAACAAUGCCGGAAAUUCCUGGAGGGACGGAGCCGAAAUUCAAGAUUUGUUGCACGCACCCAUUUACACGGGAAAUAUAACACGAUUGUAUCAAGCCAUGUUACAAACCAAUCGACAAGUCAUUCUAGAAACCAGACUCGAUGCCGACGAUGGAUUGCACAAGUACUAUCUAAAACAGAUUCAAGACAAGGCCAUUGAUCAGUUCUUAUCUACAACAAGUGAACCUCCCAAAUGGCUCUAUUGGUGCACACGACGACACGUCGAAUGGCAUGGAGGAGCAGCAGUAGUCAAAAAUCCGGCGUUGCUUCCAGGCAAGAACCAAACAUUGUCACAACAGGAACUAGUAGACUACUAUGGAUCCCUGCUCGUCGUGGAACAUUCCAAGCUCUGCAUUACUCCGGGAAUCACAGUCGGAUUUGGCAUUGGGACACCGGCCGAUCAAGUUCCCAUUCAUGCACACGACAAACUUUUUCAAGAGAUACGAUCCCUCGCUCCACACAAUGCCUGUGGAUACGAACAUGUCAAGGAUUGUCUCGAACUUGUUGAAGACUUUUUGUUGGUGGCGGUGCGGGCGAGAACACCCACUUCGGCGGGAAUGCAACGAGUGGAAAUGGAACAAGAGGAGCAGGACAAUGACACUACUACUAAUAACACGACAACCACCAAAAACAACAAAAAGAAGAAGAAGAAAAAGCAUCACAAACCAACACCACCACAUGUGUCCAGCUUUCGAAUGUAUCUCUACUGGGAUUUGCUACACGACGAUUUUGGGGUGUUGAGAGAACAAAUCAAAUACACCAAUCGAUACAUUUUGGAUCAUCUGGUUCCCAUUGCCAAGGAUAACUUGCAGGGACAAUGCACAUCCGAUCACAGUUGCAAGAACGAAACAAAGGACAAGCUUCUAAAGAUCAUCGCAGAGAAUGGGGGUUGAAAAUUCGAUUCUAGAGGAGCCUAUUGACUUGUUUUCACAAGAGAAAGCGACACCUGUCCCACGGACAAGAAGGUGCUGUUGCAUGCCCGUGGCCUCCCACAGUUGACAGUAGAAAGUCAAACCAAAGGUCGUCAUUGCAACUGGCAGUCAGUGCAGCAACGGUAUAUGUACUUGUUGCAGAUACACACUGGAUGGUGGCCUCCCUCUCACAGAAUACGUCGGCCACCAUCAAGCUUCUGCUAUUUUCAGCGUCCCUUUCACAUUUGGACCCAGAGGCCUCGAAGCGUCUGCUUCCAGCAAUAAUGAGUCAUCCGACGGCAGAAGUAUAGACGCAAUGUGACAAAUAAAUGUUGGAAGGAUCCUGGAAUUCCGAAACGAUGGGACUGCUACGAAGCUACUGCUACUUCCAGUCGUUCCCAACAGCAAUAACUACAAUGGAUUAAUUCUAUUAGCUAAAGCUGUUCAUACUCCC